AUGGACAGAAGGUUGAGCGAGUUUGACCUGAGAGACCGAGAGGCUGUGUGUGGAGUUAAAAGAUCAGUGAUGUACUGUGGCGCAAGCGUGACCCGUAUAGGGCGAGAUGAUGCCCCCAUUCCACAAGAUAUCACAAUUGAAGGACCUGGCAUUGAGGCAGAACACUGUCUUAUCUUUAAUGAAGGCGGAGUUGUGACAUUAGACCCAUGUGGCCACCUCUGCAGCCUGGACGGGGUGCAAGUCACUGUGCCAACACCACUCACACAGGGUUACUCGCUGUGUCUGGGCAAAUCCUAUUUCUUCCGGUUCAAUCAUCCUGAAGAGGCAACACGAAUGAAAAGCAUGCUUCCACAAAAGAGCCCCGUGUCAGCUUUGGCUUAUAACACAGAUAACAGAGACUCACGACAAACCCCUCCAUCCACAGUGACAGACUCCGAGGACGUGUUUAACCCAAAGCAGUCUGCAGGGGGCGCUCAUGCUCUGGGAAUCAGCGUGCCACAGUUGUGCAAGUCUGUUUCUUUGUAA